UAUAAUAAUAAAGUAAACAAAAAAACGCUGCGUUUUGUUUCCACGUCUAGAUCUUUCUCACAAGUCUCAAAGCAAGAUCCUCGUUCUUGGUUAUUUUUAUAACAAAACUAAAAAUAGAAUGGGUGUGAUCUCUCCGAUUGAGACUCUGUUCUUGAAGUCUCAUCAUCGUCUUCUUCAACCUCGAGACUAUUCCUACCCAGUGGUUUUAAACAACACUCGACGACAUUUUGCUAGUUUCCCACGUAACAGCUUCUCAUCCUCUUCUCUAGGAUCAUUCUCGGUAGAGUUUCCACUAAGAAGUAACCCGAUUACACAAAAUGGCAAAUCAAGUUAUCAUUGGAGGAGAUAUGUCUCGGAAUCUGACACAAACGAGAUGUACCAUAAGAAAGUUUCUAUAAUGGAAACAUUAAAGCAAGCCAACUCUUAUAUUCCUCAUGCAAUUCUCUCAAGUACAAUAUUAGCUCUUCUCUAUCCACCUUCUUUCACAUGGUUCAAGCCAAGGUACUUUGUGCCUGGCUUAGGGUUUAUGAUGUUUGCUGUUGGAAUCAACUCGAACGAAAGAGACUUUCUCGAAGCUCUUAAAAGACCAGAUGCUAUUUUCGCCGGUUACAUCGGACAGUACUUGAUAAAACCACUCUUAGGUUACAUUUUCGGCUUAAUUGCUGUCUCUCUUUUCAAUCUACCUACUUCUAUAGGUGCUGGAAUCAUGUUGGUCUCAUGUGUUAGUGGAGCUCAGCUAUCAAAUUACACAACUUUCUUGACUGAUCCUUCACUUGCGCCGCUUAGCAUCGUCAUGACAUCUGUCUCAACUGCUACUGCCGUCCUCGUUACACCUAUGCUUUCACUCUUACUCAUUGGUACAAAGCUUCCGGUUGAUGUGAUUGGGAUGAUCUCUAGCAUUCUCCAGGUCGUGGUUACACCUAUUGCCGCAGGACUACUUCUAAACCGGUUAUUUCCAAGGUUAUCUAAUGCAAUCAAACCAUUUCUCCCGGCGUUAACAGUUAUUGAUAUGUGUUGUUGUAUAGGAGCACCCCUCGCUUUGAACAUAGACUCAAUCUUGUCUCCGUUUGGUGCAACCAUUUUGUUCCUCGUCGUCACAUUUCAUCUCUUAGCUUUCGUUGCUGGUUACUUUUUCACUGGUUUCUUCUUCAGCAAGGCACCUGAUGUUAAAGCCCUACAAAGAACAAUUUCAUACGAAACCGGAAUGCAAAGUAGUCUUCUCGCUCUGGCCCUCGCGACAAAGUUCUUUCAAGAUCCUCUCGUUGGAGUGCCUCCAGCAAUCUCCACGGUAGUUAUGUCUCUAAUGGGUGUCUCGCUCGUUACCAUAUGGAAAAACAGAAAGGAGUAGUGACAUGAAUCCUAAUUGUUUAUUUUGUAACGAUCUAGUGUUUCUGUAACUGUAAUGAUCUAGUUAUGGUUUCUUAUAAAAGAACCAAGACUGUCUUUGUAAACGAUCUAGUUUUCUGUAAUGAUCUAGUUAUGGUUUCUUAUAAAAAGAACCAAGACUUUAUCCAUAAAGAGUUUAUAAUGGUUUCAAAUUUGUG